AUGGCAGAAGGGAAUGAGACCAGCAGCUUUGAGUUCCUCCUCUGGGGACUGUCAAAUCAGCCAGAGCAGCAAAGUGCCCUCUUCCUGGUGUUCCUGUGCAUGUACCUGGUCACUGUGACUGGCAACCUGCUCAUCAUCCUGGCCAUUGCCACUGACACACGUCUCCACAUGCCCAUGUACUUCUUCCUUGCCAGCCUGUCCAGUGCCGACAUCUUUUUUGUCUCCACCACUGUGCCGAAGGCCCUCAUGAACAUCCAUACCCAGAGCAAAUCUAUUUCCUAUGGAGGAUGCUUGACCCAACUCUACUUCUUCUUGACUUUUGGGGACAUGGACAGCUUUCUCUUGGCCACAAUGGCCUAUGACCGCUUCGUGGCCAUCUGCCAACCUCUCCACUACACAAUGAUCAUGAGUCCCCGCCGCUGCACCAUCCUGAUCACUGUCUGCUGGAUUCUUACAAAUAUUCUUGCCAUGCCUCAUACCUUUCUCAUGCUACGACUUUCCUUCUGCCCCAAUAAAAUCAUUCCUGAUUUCUUUUGUGAUCUGGUACCACUGCUGAAAGUAUCUUGCUCUGACACUAAAGUCAAUGAGCUUUUGCUCUUCUAUUUGGGAGGAGCAGUUCUAGUAGUCCCCUUUAUACUCAUCCUGAUCUCUUAUAUUCGCAUUGUUUCAACAAUACUCAGGUUUCCCUCGGCCCAGGGAAGGCGUAAGGCUUUCUCUACUUGUGGGUCCCAUCUUGCUGUUGUCGCCCUGUUCUUUGGGACAGUAUUCAGGGCUUACCUGUUCCCCUCAUCUUCUUCGUCCACCUCCGUAGAAAAGGAUACAGCAGCUGCUGUGAUGUACACAGUGGUGACUCCCCUGCUAAACCCCUUCAUUUACAGCCUGAGGAACAAGGACAUGAAGGGAGCUCUGGGGAGACUUUUCAGAGGCAAAGUCUCCUUCUUGAGGGGCCAGUAA